CCCCAAUUAAACCUUACAGAAUACAGAUCUAUAGAAAGCCCAUUAAGCGGCCUGUUAGGUCACGACAAGAUUUUCGAAUCCUAUUCUUAACUCCAUAAAACAGGACCUUGUGACGACCAAGAUAUACACAGAUAUAAGACAAAGAUAAAAACCAGAAACAAACAUUCCGCAACAAGUUACCACAACCGAGAAUGGCCGCACCCACGUUCCCCCUGAGCCGCCUCAUCUUCUCGGGCCUCCGAAGCUCCACCUCUCUCCGCCCGGCGGCUCCACCGGCGAGCUUCCGUACUUUCUCCGGGACGUUUGGCCGGUCUCCGGCGGGAUUCCUCCCUUCCAGCGAGGAACCAGGCUUCAGCUCGCACGAGUGUAGUCAUGGCGAUUUCAAAUGGGACGUUACUGCUGAAGGCUUCCAUCUCCAGCUGGGGGUAGGGCCAAUGUCCAAUGAUCAAGUUAGUGUGAAGAUGAAGGGAUCGCAGCUCACUGCCCAAGGCAAAAUGGAGGGCAAUAUUCCCGGCGGCAGCAUGGCGGUAAUCCUAAGGUACACGGCCGAUCUGCCCAUGGAUGAGAUCAAGCCCGACGAGAUCACGGCCAAGCUGGGCGGCGGUAUUCUGAAUGUGUUUAUUCCCAGGAAGAAAGUCGAUGGUGAGGAGUCUGAGGGUACCUCCUGAUCUGUAAUUUGACUGAGAUAUCUGAGCAUGUGAGGAAGAAGAUGGUGCCUAGCUAGUGUUGAAUGAAAAAUCCUAUCUGCUUAAUUAAUAAUUACUGGUAUUAUGUGAUAUUGCUCUUCAUUUUCUUUUAUGUGAACUGUGAAGUGAUUUUUUUUAUUUGGUA